CAUGAGGAGACACAUGAGGAAAGACCAUGACACCUGGUGCAAACGCCAGCAAGUAUGUCCCUAAAUAGCUGCUGUAUUUCAGGAUGGCACAUGACCAUGCAUGUAGACCACAGUUUGUGUAUUUAAACAUGUUAAAUUUUAGGCCGAGAGGAAUAUUUAGAAUAGAUGUUGGUAAGACAUCUCAAUGAAAAAGGUCAAUUUUGUGACUUGGAUACACAACUUGAUAGUAAACAGAUAAAAAUAUUACACACUGGGGCUUUAAGUCCCGGAGGACUAAAGUCUCUCAGGUUGUCCUUCCUAUAUAAAUCUGAUGAAAGUCAGACCCUCUCUGCGCACUGCCCUCUUCUGUGAGAUGCGGACCUGACGCACCUUUCCUCCGCAUCUAUGACAAACGCCAGCCUGGGGUUAUCUCCUGUGUUGCCCCUGACUAGCUUUGGAAAUGUGUUGAUGUUUCUCUUUAACGUUUUCCUGGCUGCAGCCAUCAUUUUGCUCAACCUGUCUGUGCUGCUUUCCAUUCUGCUGGACAAGACUCUGCGCGACGAGAACCGGUUCAUGUACAUGCUGAGCACGUGCGUCAGCGACGUCUGCACGGGCGUGUCCUACUACUAUGUGGGUGUUUUGGACGUGAGUGACCACUACAACUCCCCCACCAGAACCUUUUACAUCGCACCCACGUUUCUGGGCCUGUCCUUUAUGGCCAUCCUGGCCGCGCAGGCAGACAGGUACCAUGCCAUCGUCUCACCCUUCAGCUAUUCCCGCCGCAUGACCCGCAACCGAACACUGGUGGUCAUCUUCGCCUACUGGUUCUAUGCGUUCUUCAUUGUGGGGGUGCAGAACCUGGUUCCGUUAGGCAUAGCUAGGUCGGUCACCAGCAUCGGAACUUUAAUUGGGAACAUUUUUAUAAUUAUUAUCAUGAUCGGACUGAAUGUCAGGCUGUUCAUCAUCGCCACCUUCCAGCUGGGCAGACAUCCGUCCUCCGAGGAGAGGGACAGCAAGCGCUCCUCGGUGAACCUCAUCCUGGUGGUGGUUGCGUUUUUCUUGGGCACCUGGAUCCCCUUGUUCUGUCACAUCGUCGCCUGUAACUUCCUUGGCUCCACCUGCUACUCCUUUAAGAACGAAGGCACCGAUCCGCUGCGCAUUUUGCCCAGAGUCAAUGCUGCCCUGACUCCUGUUUUGUACCUGAGAGGCUGCAGAGCGCUCAGAGUCGCGCUCUUCUCCAAGGUGUGGAGACCCUGCUGCAGGGACAGGUUGCUUCAGCUUGAACCCUCCAAGGUUCCAGUUCCAGGUUAGUCCUGCAGUCGUUGAUUACUGAAACAAUCUUUUUGAACACACCGGAAGUGAUUCAUCACAGAAACUGCAGCUAUUUAUUUAUCUGAAGGGCUCUAUGUGAAUAAAGUGACACGGGCAACGUGGGCAACGCUGAAUUUUAAACUGACAUUAAAAAGAGCCGUUUUAUUUCUCAAUCCUGGUCCUGCAGGGCCGCUUUCCAGCACGUUUUAGUGGUUUCUCUGCUCCGACACACUUGAUUCAGUGGUUGAAUCACUUUUGCAGCAGCUCAGGCUCUGCAGAAACCCGUUAAUUACCUGCUGACUGAAAUCAGGUGUGUUGAGACGGAGUUCAACUGAAAUGUGCUGGAGACCGGCCCUCCAGGCUUGGAAUGGUCUAAACUUUUGCAGCAAGUGUCAAAAUUUCUGACUAAUAAAACAAACAGUUUGAGUUGAUUGUGUUGACUCGUAUUUUAUUUUUAUUUGGAACAGAAACGAGCUGACGUUUAAGUUUCCACCGCCUCCCAUUCAUUUUCAUCCAUAACAGCUUCAGCUUUUAUGUAAAUGUGAUCAGUCCACCUUGUCUUCUGUGCACACCUGAUAGUUCACUAGAGGUGCAACAUAACUAACAUCAUUAUUAACGAUAGUUUCAUAUAUUUAUGUUUGGAGAGAGGAUUUAAAAAGUGGUGCUUUUGUGGGUCACAGCUGCAGAUCCCUGGCCUACUGAUGUUUUAUGGUAUGCAUAGAUGUCAUGUAAUAUCCUGAUUAAACAUUUAUUAAAUUAUUACAUUAUUGCACAGCCCCAUAUCCUCACAUGAAUUAAAAAUGAACAAAUAUUUGAUUGCGUCUUUCUUGGUGUGGAGUCUAAGAUGACAACAACAACAACAAUAAUCAUCAUCAUCAUUUUCUGCACAGUUUAUAGAUCUUACUUUCUUUUAUUGAAAACAUUCUUUGUUUUUAUUCAGCUUGUAUCAUUUUUGCCACAUGGUGAGAUGAGAUGGUUGAUAAAAUAUCUAUUAAUCUCUUUAUUCAUCAAAUAAAAGUGAUUCUAGCACUACUUCUCAUUCAAAAGGAUCAAAUAAGCUCGACAGCAGAAGGUGUACUUUCAGCGACAACCACGCGGUGUCAGCAGAGAGCUUUGGCUCACUUAUGACGUUUGCAUCCCUGGAAGGUGAGCAAAUUGCCCCAAAACACCUGCCUAGUGAACCAGACCACUGAAGUUUCCUCUGCGCACUUUAACAAAAAUAAAUCCUCAACUGGAAGUUGUUUCUCUACAAUGAAAGCGUGUACAUACCUUUCAAAGAACAGACAGAUA